UUCAAACAUGUAGCCCCGCCCCUGCUGCUUGACAUCGCGGAAAACAGUAACUAAACAUUAGCUAGCCAAAACAAAAUGGGAGCGACGUUGGACACCCCGGCGAGGUGUCCUCUGUGCAACGAGCUGACCCGGGAGCCCGUCACCCUAAAAUGCAACCACCGGUUCUGCCAACGGUGUAUCGGGGACUUGUGGAGCGUUUCCCCGACCGGCCCGUACCACUGUCCGGAGUGGAGGUGUCAAACAGUGUACCAGACCCUGCCGUUUGAUAGCAAACGGUCGCCCACCAACAGUCGCUGGGCUCAGCCUCUCCGCACUGCAGGAACGUCGGGUAAUGAUGAACAAAAUACAUAUGAUUCCAUGUUGCGGAGGCCCUCCCUCUCCAGCCGACUUCUCGGCAAGAGAAAAGCCAGCAUACCUGUAUCAGAGCAACCUGACACAAAACGAUCAGCUGGAGAGUCUCCCCGUGAGCAGCCCAAUGAUACCGAGACUCCUACCUCGUCAUAUGAACCCUGGCAGUCUACGAGUGUUGAGACAUCCAAGAAAGCAGGGCCCCCAGGAUCCACAAUGUCUGAGCGUGGUGAUGGCCUGUCCUCCAGUGACAACUCUGACAGCAUGGCAGUGCCUGCAAGUGAUGUGCCACCAGACAUCUCAAUCCAGCAGAACCAGCCUAAAUCUUUCGAAAUUAUCUCACUGGAUGACUCUGACACAUCCAAUGAAGUAGAUAUUUGUGAUGCACCUGCUCCUGCAACUCCAAAGAUAGACACACAAGUGACAGGAAUUCAUGCGUCGCCAAUGAAACCUGCCACAUCUGCCAACUCUGAUUCCUUUACUGGAGUUUUAACUCCAGAUAAAGGUAAGUCUCCUGUACACCAUGGCAGCGAGUCUCCCCUGAUACCCACCAAACAUCCUGCCGAUGCCCCAAGAUUUCCAAGUCGUGUUGGCAUCUUCCCGGGGUUAGAGAACAAAAAUGCCAGCCCUGUGCCCUGCCAUUAUUGCCCUAAAACCAGGUGUCAGUCCGCUGUCAAGACAUGUCUGGUGUGCGGCGCUUCCAUGUGUACAGAGCACCUGCUUCCCCACCUGGAAUCGCCUGUCUUCCAGAAUCAUACCUUGGUUCCUCCAAUGGAGGAUUUCUCUCCCUGGAGGUGCCAGGAGCACCAGGAAAUAAACCGUAUCUACUGUCGGCAGUGUGGAGUGUGUGUGUGUACGGUGUGUACUGUCAUUGGCUCGCACCGCGACCACAUCUGCAUCAGCAUCAGGGAGGCAGAGAGAGAGCUCAGGGUGAACCUAAAAGAAGAAAUCAAGCAACUGCAGGAGACUGAACAGGAAGUGAAGAACAGGGUGACUGAACUCACACAGAAGAAACAGACCGUCGAUGUGGCUUUACGUGAUGCUCGAGCAGGAGUGCAGCAGCAGUACAACGCCAUCAGAGAGGCCCUGGAGCUGGAGGAGCAAUCAGCUCUUCAGUGUGUGACGAAGGAGGAAAAGAGAGUUCUGGGGGGACUAGAGGAGAAACUCGGCCACCUCCGGAGCUCCCUGCAAUCCAUCCAACAGGGACUCCACACCCUGGAGGGGUUGGCUGAUGCCAAAGGGGACAAACGCAUUCAGGACCAGGUCUUCAUUAUGGAAUACAACAAGGUAGCCCAACUGACUAGUAACAUGGGGAGCUGUGUGGACCACCUCAAGGCUCCAGAGGAAGUGGAUCGGGCCCGGCUGAAAUGUCUGCAGAGUUGGACUGAGCAACGCCUGGACACAGUCGUCAUCACUGUGCCAGGCAAACACAGAGACCUCUACCGACUGCUCUAUGGUAUAGCCCCCUUCUUGGAUGCAGAUACUGCCCAUCCCAAGCUGCAGCUGUCUGAUAACAACAGGAGGGUGACCUACAGCGAAGCUCAGCAGGCCUACACGGAUCACGACGCUCGAUUCAGCUCUUUUCCACAGGUCCUGGCCUCCCGUUCCCUGGAGGAGGGCUGUUGGUACUGGGAGGUGAAUGUGCCCGUGGAUGAGGGCCGUUGGAAGGUGGGGCUGUGUGAGGGUCAGAUAGAGAGGAAAGGCCAAAAGGACAACUCUCGCCUGGGAUUCAACUCGUAUUCCUGGUGCCUGGCCUGUGACAGAAAGAGGGUGGAAGCUCUGCAUAACAAGGUGGCGGUUCCUCUGGAUGGCGACGGGCUGCAGAGGGUUAACCUGUCAAAACAUCCUCACGUAAGACGAUACCUCUACAUCCUUCCAGCUGAUGUGGUGAAAUGAACUUAGGCAUUUGAGUCUCCGAGGGAUAUGCAAAGAAACAAAUCCCAAAUGACAACCAGCGGUGUACAGAGAUAAAUUACUCUGAGGAUGUGGCCUUGCCUUGCAGCUGAAAAGGUGUUGAAUUACAACGACAGUAAGCCUCUAGUAAUCGUUGAUUUACUGUAUUAUAUUGUUCCUUUCCACUGGGGCUUUCCAAGGUUUUUAAAUGGACAUCCUUGUACAAAAGAGUAGAACGUCAGGUUAUAGAGGGUUCUAUUUGCUUUUGAUAUCAAUAUUUAAUUUAAAGGAAUAUAGACUUACCCAACUAUUGAGACUAGUCUUGCAUGAAUUGCAUUUGUUCAUGCAGGAAAUGCCUUUCUCCAGUCAAUUCACACGGAGCAGUACGGUAAAUUGGGUCAAUGCGGGUGUCAUUUCUCUCCAUAAGAUUGCAUGGAAAGUGGAAUGUCAUGAAAUGACCAAGGUCAGAGAUUUUAGAACCGCAAGCCUUCCACUUAAACUGCCUUUUUAAUGCCAAAAAAUGUCCCUCUUCUUAAGUGCUAGCUCUUUGAUUGUCCGUUGACCUUGUAUUAGGUUGCUCAGACUUUGCAGCCACUUAAUGUAGCCUCUCUUUCUUCUUCUUUUCUUGUGGAAGUAAUGGUGGCUGUGCAGCAUAGAUUGCUGUUGCUCUUGGGCUGGGAACGGUAGCCAAUUCAAUUUGCAUUCUUCCAUUAGAAAACUGCCCUGAGACAACCAUUACCUUCUGGGCUAAAGGUUAGUUAAAGCCACUUAUGCGAGUCGCUUAGCAUGUCAAAUGUUACAUUUAUAUUCAACCAGCAAGACAACCAGUUGUCUUCAUAGCCCCUAUGGUGUGUGUCUCAUGUAUUUUUGCCUUUACAGUCACAGUGUGUCCGAUAUUCUGGAAAAUAUUCAUCCUGCAAUCUUUCGUUUCACACUUAUAACUGUUCUGAAGGCACGUUUUUUUUCCACAGUCCAACUUAUUCUGUAUAACGACCAAAUUGCAACUGUAUUUCCCAAUCCAGGUAGCUUUAAAUAGAUUUUGCUAAUUUUUUGUUAAACACAAGUAAUAUAUUCACACAUUAUUUAUAAAUAAUAAUGGAAAUAAACAUCAAUAUAUGGCAAUAUAAUAACAAUUUAAAUGUUGGUUCACAUAUGUAAUUUCUGGCUACAGUCUUUAUUUGGAUUUUUAAAUAAAGUAGGAAAAUAGGUGAACAACUUUUUUCAUCCUGCAGUGGGCUCGACUUAUUUAGUUUUUAAUCCAGAUGGUUACAAGAAAAAACAAGGAUUUUGUAAAUGCCUUCAGAACAGCGUUUAGUGGUGUUAAAUGACAUUUUAGGUUUUUCAAAUAUUGCAGAAUGCAUAUAUUUUUGAGAAUAUACAAUGAUGUCUCUGUGACUCGAAUGUAACGAUUAUACAUGAGGCAGAAACUGGAGCUACUGUCUUAGUGUAGUUCGAGAUGACGGCCAACGUUGCUAACAGCGCUAACAACAGCAACAGAGCUAACAGUGUAACUCUCCACAGAAUGGCGGCGGUGACGCUCACAUGCACGAACAUCCACUAAAAGGCAUGCUUGGCCGGCGAUGUCAACUUGGCACAGAGAAGUUCGGAUAGCGCGGUGCAGGGGUGAUGUACUUAUGUAGAUCAAUCCGGAAGUAAGCAACAAAAAGCUAAUGGGAUUUGUCUAUCGACGGGUUUCUUGUCGACAACCGUUACUGGCUGGUAUUGGUACUGAGCGGGCAUAACCGCUUCAGCCUUCUGUGGAGUUUCCCAUUAAAUUUGGCCCAGUUCCAGUUGACUGAGUCAAUGGAGGCGUCUCCUGACUGGUCAACACUGUGGUACAUUCAGCCAGUUAGCUUCCCAACGAGUGGCGCUCGCCUGCCACUGUCCUCACCCCUGCCUGGAGCUCGGCCUAGACUUGCCAGUGCGAUGCGACUCGCUUACCACUGUCAGUAAUUGCACUCGCUUCACCCAAGCUCCAAAGCUGAGAUGACACUGAGUUGUUGUGCAGUAAACUGCACCAACCACAGGAAAGAUGGAUGGAAAACGGUUCAUAUUCAAGGGUAUCAAGAGCCUUUACUAAAAACAGGAGGAGAUUAUUGUAUCUGGGCCAUUAAAAGAGGGGAUUGGGGUUCCAGUGGUCCUAAAGACAGUGAGAGUCUGUGCAGCACCCACUUCAUGUUUAGUAUGUUUCUGUUGGCUCACAUUAACCAGCUAGUUAAUGAGUCAGUGCAGGAAUGCUAACUCAUUUCUGGGAUUUAGGACUCGUUCCUGCAGCCCUCUAUUACAACAUACACACAUUUCUCCAUUAUAUCUUUAAUAGUUGUUUGCUGCUUUAAUAAUGCUCUGAAUCCCGUAUAGACACCCGUUAAAUUGAAGCAAAGUAUUAAUCCAUAAACCCCUGUGAAGUGAGUUGGACAUCUCUUCGUAUUCUAGCAGCAGAGCACAGGAAGUUCAUUACUCAUCCUUUUGUAUUAUCAACAACAGCAAAAACUAAAUUAUGAUUUAACCAAUAAUGACUGCCUCCCUAGCCUUAGAUCGUCAUUGUUGUCCCACAAUGAUUAUUCGGUCCUAAAAGACUCAAUAUCUUUUAUUUGCGUGACAUCUUUCUUUAAAAAGACAACCGGCUACAGACAAGGAGUCGGUUUUUAUUUUGGUGAAAUAUCUCUUUGAUUACAUUGUAGAGUCAUUCAUAAGCCCCCAAACAUCUAAAACACCUUCCUGUCCAUUUUAAUGAUACAAAAACACCUUAGAAUCUGAGAAUUUAAUGAUUUCUAAUCUAAAGCGUGUUUUUGUCAUUAUUUUUCAUUUUUUAGAUCUGGUUGGAUUACAAAAAGAAAAUAACAAUAAAAACACUGAAUACUUGAAUCCAAUAAUCACUUCAGAGGGGACAAAGCCAAAAUAAACCACAUAAUGGAGAUACUUAGUGUCGAUGUUGUUCUGUUCAGCCUAACAUUAAACUACAGUACAUGUGUCUUCUUAAGGAUGCAGCACUGUAUGUAUUAUGUGAAACUCCAUAAGACUGACACUACACUUUCUUUCCAAGCAUUGCCAGGGGUCGGCACAAAUCUAUACACACACCCGUUAUGCCUUGAGGCCACAUCUUCUGUUGGCAUGGCAACCGUUGGUGAGCUCAGGUGAGCGGGGAUUCUCACAUGUCUCACCCAGUCACCUGCCAGGCUUGGCAAGGUCCAUGGAAAUCUGAGACAGAAGUAGUGAUGGGCCUAUUGUUGAGUGACAUGCCCGUAUUUCUUCCCUCACCUUUCCCCGGGCAAAUCUAUUUUCUCUCCACUGUUCAACAUAAAAAAAAAGGCCUCAUGACUUUCAUGAGCGACUCUAUCUCUGUGUCUGUCCGUCGGCCAGCACUAAUUAAAUCCAAUGUGAUAAAAAACAAAUGUGUGUGUGUGUGUGUGUGGCUGCUCAGUCUCAUUGGAUUAAAGUGUAUCAUGGAAAUGUAUUAUGUCUAAAUGCAUACUUAAAGCACCAUGAGUGCAUAAUGUAAUUUAAGCAUUUGAAUGACACCCAGUUAUAUCUUACAUCUAUUUGUGUCUAACUGUCUGUUAAGUAGUGUUGCCCUUCAACUAUUCACAAGUCAGCACAUUUAGAUCAGGAGGAAAUAGCAGCAGCAUCUGUUUCACACAAUUGUCAGCUGUAUGGUGCCGGCCUGUCUCCUCCUCCUCCUCCUCCCCAUGCCCCCACCACCAACCUCCCUCCAUCUCUUAGAAUAUCUGCAGUAUCAUUCACAUUAUUUAUUUAUUUGUCUGUCCUUCUGCUCUUUUUAUUUGGCCCCUUUGCAGGAGUGUCAGAGGUCAGAGUCAGACAGGAAAUUGGUGUCUAGUUCACAGACUUUGAGAGUCCACAAAGUGAGAUACAAAGCAAGGUGCAUGCAAUACAACAAUAAAACUCAUUUCACAACUCAAACCAUAUUAAAACCAACUUUUCAGAAUAUCAGCAAAGAUAAUUUUUCAUCUCAACCCCAUAAAAGGUUUUCUGUAACAAUGCAGCAAAUUAUGAACACAUUCAACCUCAUUUUUACAGUCACAGUCUGAAAUCUCUUUCGUCUCUUAACGUUUAUGGAUAACCAGUUCACCUCAUUUCAAAAGCAAUCACAGUUUACCUAAACAACAUGCAUCCUUUAAUAUCUAUUGUUCUCAAAAGAUUCCUCCUCUUUGUGAACAAAACUGUGGAUUCAAGAUGUCUUCCCAGCCUCAUUUGACCAUCUCAUGCUCAAAGAAAUAAAAAAUGGAACAUCCCUUAAUCUCCCCCUCUCGUUGUGAAAAACUACCUUCUCAAUCCCUAUUUAAUUAUUUUUAAGGAAGGGGCAGCAUUUGACCCAUCCUUAGUUAUUAAGGAGCAGUGGGCUGCAGUGAAGCGCCCGGGGAGCAACUGGGGGUUCAGUGUCUUGCUUCACUUUGACGUGCAACUUAUGGGGAGAGCGGGGAUCGAACCCGCUACCUUGUGAGCUACAGCUGACCAAGAGUGCCAAGUGUGUUGGAGUUAUGAGGGAUAUUCAGAUACACUUAAUUAAAUUGUCAAGUCGCAAUAAAGAGAUUUCUUUCUUCACUUUUAGCUCCUCACUUACAGCCUCAGUAGGCGUAGAUGAACUGAACCAGUUCUUGGCUCUAAUCAUUCUGCACUUUCCUUUCCACACAGACUCAGUUGGAGCAACUGAUCUCUCUCCCCUCUGACAUUCUGGUGUUUCAGGUUGCUCACCAGAGAAAAAGAGCUCUCUUGUGUUUUUAAUCUUUUGACUUCACUACAUUUUUCUCUUUUUUCACUGGGUUUAAAUGCAGAGCGCGGUAUCGUAGUCCGAUACUUGUGGAAGGGCAAUGCAACACAUCAAUAACGUGAUGGCCAAAGGACAUGGUGUUUCUGCACGUGCGUCUAUCAUAUGAGCUUAAUCAUGUCUGAGGGUUAGUUGUGUUUCACUAGUUUUGUUCUGCGUGAGAGAGAGAAUGAUUGAGUUAAUUAUUUUCUGUCAAAGCCGUGACUCCUGUGACGCUCAUCAUCCGUAUAGCUUCUCCUAAACAUGCACAGUAUUCAGAAUCAGAUCACAGAGGGAUAGUUGUUAACCGGCACAGACAGUCUUCUGCUCAGUCGGUCAGUCGGUCAAAAGUUGCCACAAAUAGUUGUAUAACAAAUUUUAAAAAAGGGGAGCUUGAAAGAGUUCAAACCCAUCUAACUUUCUCGCCUCUGCACUCAUUGUUUCUUGCUGCGUUGUUCUUUUGUGGCAUGUCAUAGCUUGAUUUCCACCAUGUGGCAUGAACAGUAAGUCACAGGUUAUUUUGCAUUUGGAUCAAUCAGAGUGCCAAAGGGAAAAGCAUGCAGUCAUUAUAACCCACUUGGAAGGAUCAGUGCAACAACCUGCCUCACUGAGUACAUUUCAUUAUUGCUGCUGACAAAUGAAACACUGUAAGUGAAAAAUAAUCAAGGCACUUAACAUUCGUUUGUAAUAUGACUGCGUAAAUGUUAAUGGUGAAACCGGGAGAUGUGUCAUCAUAUUUAUCUUCCACCUCCACCACCGAAAUGUCAGCCAGGAGAUUUCUUGACCCCGAGCGGAUACUCCAGGUGCUGAACUAUUGUCAACGAGGAAACGUUUGGCAUUUCCACUCGCGGCAGUUCUGUGACCUGAAGAUGAUGCGACCAGGUGGGAGAAUUGUGUCAAGCAAUCAGCCCCUUUUAGAAGAAACGCAUCCUCAGUGUAUUCCUCCGCCAUUUUUAUUUUCCCCUGCCUUCCUCCUGGGCCUACUUUCAGCUGUCGUAGAAUAUGUUUCUAUCCCUGAUGGAGACCGUGGCAUUAAGGUUUUCAAGGUAAUUAGUAUGUGGCUGUUUGAGUCCGUGGAUGGAAAUAUACGGGAUUAAUCCGAAUGUUAUUGAUGUUUUUAUGAACACUUAUCUCACUGCAUCUUGCAGUCUUCGGUCCACUUGUCUCAAACGCGGCAAAUCAUUAUUGCAUUGGGAGUUUUCAUUGUCUAUGUAAGGAGCAGGUUGUUAUUUAUGGCAGAUGUUAUUUCUACAUGAAAUAUGAUCUUUGCUAUUUUCUGAUGAGUCCCCAAAUCCCACAAAUAAAGCAUGCUCAUUAAAAAUAAAUCUUCACCGCUCUAGCUAUUUCUCUUCUUUUUAUUUGAACUUCCUAAUGGCCCAUUAUGAUUUCCCACAGUUCACUCUCUUUAUCUUCCUCCAAGCUUUUGUUGACUUAGGGGAUUUAUACACAGCUCAGAUUCAGUCUUAUGGCGAAAUGUCCCCGAGGCAGCAGACUGGUCACACCUGAAUACAUUUCCCUCCAUCUCUGCCCACCAUGUACAUAUUCAUUUCACAUGAGCAUGGAUAAAGAUUACCUCAUUGGAUGAUCUUCAAACAAUAAGAAGGGCUUGACUGAUGUUCUAGGAUUUCACUUGUUUUAGUUUUGCAGAAUUAUAAAAAAGGUUUUACUUCAGUCGACUGUGUUACAAGAUAAGUGGUGUUAGGUCAGGUUAGGUUACUUUAUUUGUACCCGUAGGUAGACUUGGUUUGCAUUGGAAAAGUGAGGCAUUCAUCUCGACACACAUUACAAUCAACACAACAAGACAGACAUGAUGAUACACAAAGCCACAAAUCAGUGCACUGUUAUUAUUAUAAUUUGUUCCCUUGAAUGUUCUACACCGUAUGAAUAACUCUGUCUAGAAGGAGCUGAUAUUCCCUGUGCAAAGGGGUGGGAGCCGUCCUUUAAGAUGGAGCCGUCUAUCCGUUGUAACUGUCUGGUGAACAGGGACUCUGGGCUCAGCUGGGACUUACCAAUCAGCCUGCUAGACCAUUUCACAAUCUGAUGUAGAGAGUUUCUUUUCUUUAAAGAUAGAUGUGUGGUGUUUGACACAAUAAUCCAUUGAAAUAGCUUGAGUGGCAGGAAAUGAAUGAGACGGGGUAUUUGAAGUAAAAAAAAGAAAAUACUUCAGAGCACUUAUUAAACACAACAUUGUAAUAAACGGCUGUACAGGCUGUAAUAGAAUUGAGAUGAGCAUUCUAUCUUCCAGUGUAGGUGCUGUAAAUGUGCUACAUACUGUGUACUAAAAUGAAACUGACUGACUGUCAUCCCCAGGACAAUUUCCUACCGGUCACUCCCCUGCACAUCACUUUAUUCUUCACUUUAAAUACACUUUAAACUUACACUUACUUCACACUGUUGAAAGUACUGUUAUCUGUUUGUCUGUGCACUUUAUUUUAUAUUUUAUAUUCUACUGUAAAUGUUAUGUUUCAAUUCUUGCACUAUGUUGUGUAAUGUUAUUGUCUAAUGUUGCACCACCCGUCAUGACAAAUUCCUUGUAUGUGAAA